UAUGCCCUUGACUAGAAUCGAACCUGGGACCCUUCAGUCCGCAGGCCGACGCGCUAUCCACUGAGCCAAACCAGUUAGGGCUAGAACAAUCGUUUUUAAAUAGAUAUUUUAAAAUGUUACUCCCCUGAUUAAAAUCCUUACUGGCCUGUGAAAAUGUGCCAGCCUAGUAGUGAAAGUCCUUAGGAUCUGGCUUCCGACCACCUUUGUUUCCUCCCUGUCUCCCUCUCUUAGCACUUUCUCCACGCACCUGCCUUUAAAAAAGAAAUCGAGCUACUCUCACUGUUCCUAAAGCAGCUAGGUCCUUGCAGGCCCCAGCAUCGUUCACCAUGUUAUUUCCUCUCUCAUUACUUGACAAAGCCCUAUGCAUUUUUCCGGGACCUUCAGAUAUGGUCUCUUUCGGGAAACCUUUUCCCGGGUGGGGGGCGUCCCUCAGACUGUAUCCCUCCUCCAUUUGCUUCUUGUUUAAACAACUUGUCUCCCCUGCCAGAUUAAGGCUUCUUUAAAGACUCUUGAUCAAGUUUAUUCUGCAUGGGUUUUACACACAAUUAAGACUUACUGAACAAAAGAAUCCCUUGUAUGUGUCCCCCACCCCCUCUCCCCCGGCACCCCACCCCUGGGAAGGAUGGAAAGAUCGUCCCUGCUCUGUGGGGUGCGGGGGCAAUUCCAGGGCAGUCUUGGUUCUCGGAAGGAGCCCAGAGGCCUAGGCUCGCACCUGAGGCAGUUUGGAACUGGGACGCACGAAGCGCCUAGUUUCGGGUUGACAGGAGCGGGUGCAGGGACCCAGUGUCCCCGACGGUCAGGGACGCCUCGGUCGGGAGUGGGCGGGCCGGGAAGGGGGGGCUCUCGGAGCUCAGGCCCCGCCCCUCUCCAGGGAGGCGACUCCGGAUUGGCUGUCCUUCCUUAACGUCAGGCGAUCCGCCCCGGCGCGCGCCCUGCCGCGUGCCCACCCCCGUGCGGCGGCUGCAGCCUACGCUAGCCUGCCACAGCCCGCUGCCGGCGACGCCGGGUCCUGAGCCCCAGUCGCGCGGGGCUCGACGUGGGGCACCUGGACCGCGGCGGCGGGCGGGCGAUGCUCCAGAAACCUGAGCAGCCAUGGAGGCCGAGGCAGGCGGCCUGGAGGAGCUGACCGACGAGGAGAUGGCGGCUCUGGGCAAGGAGGAGCUGGUGCGGCGCCUGCGGCGGGAGGAGGCGGCGCGCUUGGCGGCUCUGGUGCAGCGCGGCCGCCUCAUGCAGGAGGUGAAUCGACAGCUGCAGGGUCACCUAGGCGAGAUCCGCGAGCUCAAGCAGCUCAACCGGCGCCUACAGGCCGAGAACCGCGAGCUGCGCGACCUCUGCUGCUUUCUGGACUCGGAGCGCCAGCGCGGGCGGCGCGCCGCGCGCCAGUGGCAGCUCUUCGGGACCCAAGCAUCCCGGGCGGUGCGCGAGGACCUGGGCGGUUGUUGGCAGAAGCUGGCCGAGCUUGAGGGCCGCCAGGAAGAGCUACUGCGGGAGAAUCUAGCGCUUAAGGAGCUCUGCCUGGCGCUGGGCGAGGAGUGGGGCCCCCGCGGCGGCCCUGGUGGCGCGGGGGGCUCAGGCGCUGGUCCGACACCGGAGCUCGCCUUGCCCCCCUGCGGACCCCGGGACCUGGGCGAUGGAAGCUCCAGCACCGGCAGCGUGGGCAGCCCUGAUCAGUUGCCCCUGGCUUGCUCCCCAGAUGACUGAGGGCAUCGCUUCCUUCGCGCCAACGCCCGCCCAGAUGGCUCCCCAAGCGCCUGGAUUGCGAUGGACCUCGGAACCUGGAAGCCGCCCGGCUGCACGCGAAGGGCCGCUGGCAUGGACUUAGACAUCCUGGCACUGAGGAGCGCCCUUCGCUCUCGCUGGCUGGGCAACAGGGGGACUGGCGGCUGGAGCGGAGGGACUUGCAGGGGGCUGGGUGGGGGCUAAUAAACUGGGACGGAAGCAGA